UUCCUUUGCUGUCUCAGGAGGUACUGCUCAGAGCUCGCUGCUAACACUGUACCUUUCUAGGGGGGAAUUCCUGCAUCCUGCCUUCCAGCCUAGAGAAGUAAAGAGCAAAACAGCCCAGAGUAAAGCCCCCCAGGACGAGGAAGAGCUGCUGCCGUCCCCGCCUGGCCCGCAGCGCUUGUGCCAGCGCAGGCUGAGCCGUGCCCGGGGGAGCGAGCGGCCGCGCCGAGCAUGGGCGAGCAGAGCCACGUCAACAGCCUCUUCCUCAACGAGGAGGCUGCCAAGCGCCUGGGCAGCGAGGGCAGGCUGCAGCGGCUGCGCCAGGCCCUGCAGAGGCGAGCGGCCCGAGCCAAGAAGAGGAUGCACAGCAUCACCGCCGCCAGCGCCAGGACCUUCCUGCGCCGCAACGCCUUCGUCCUGCUCACCAUCGUGGCCGUCCUGCUAGGGAUCAUCCUGGCCUUCUCCCUGCGCCCCUACCAGCUGAGCUACCGCCAGAUCAAGUACUUCUCCUUCCCGGGGGAGCUGCUGAUGAGGAUGCUCCAGAUGUUGGUUCUUCCUCUCAUUGUCUCCAGCCUGAUUACAGGCAUGGCCUCGCUGGACGGCAGAGCCUCGGGGAAGAUGGGGAUGAGAGCUGUCAUCUACUACACAGUGACCACCAUCAUAGCAGUCUUCAUUGGCAUCCUCAUGGUGAUCAUCAUCCACCCAGGGAAAGGCUCUAAGGACAAGCUUCACCGAGAAGGCAGAAUUGAGCAGGUGCAGACCACAGAUGCCUUCAUGGACUUGGUGAGGAAUAUGUUCCCACCCAACCUGGUGGAAGCCUGCUUCAAACAGUACAAGACGCAGUACAGCACCAGGCUCUUCAGCAGGACUGUGCUCCGCAGCGGCAACGCCACCGCAGCCGGCACCAGCACUCCGAGCCCCGACAACGCCACCGGCGUCCUGGAGAACAUCACCCAGGCCCUGGAGACCCUCUCCGAGGUGCUGACCUUUGAAGAAGUGAUUCCCGUGCCGGGCUCUGCCAGUGGGGUGAACGCGCUGGGGCUGGUAGUGUUCUCCAUGUGCUUCGGCUUGGUGAUCGGCAGCAUGAAGCAGAAGGGACGGCCCCUGCGGGAGUUCUUUAACUGCCUCAACGAGGCCAUCAUGAGGCUGGUGGCCAUUAUCAUCUGGUAUGCUCCACUUGGGAUCAUGUUCCUAAUUGCUGGCAAAAUCCUGGAGAUGGAUGACCUGGCAGUGAUGGGAGGCCAGCUGGGGAUGUACACCCUGACAGUCAUCGUGGGGCUGCUGAUCCAUGCCCUCUGCGUGCUGCCACUGCUCUACUUCAUCGUCACCCACCGCAACCCCUGGGCCUUCAUCGCAGGCCUGCUGCAGGCCCUCAUCACAGCCCUGGGCACCUCCUCCAGCUCGGCGACGCUGCCCAUCACCUUCCGCUGCCUGGAGGAGAACAACGGCGUGGACAGGCGCAUCACCAGGUUCGUGCUGCCCGUGGGGGCCACCAUCAACAUGGAUGGCACAGCUCUGUACGAGGCCCUGGCAGCCAUCUUCAUCGCCCAGGUCAACAACUAUGAGCUGGACUUCGGGCAGAUCAUCACAAUCAGCAUCACCGCCACGGCCGCCAGCAUCGGAGCCGCAGGCAUCCCCCAGGCAGGCCUGGUGACCAUGGUGAUAGUGCUGACGUCGGUGGGGCUGCCUACUGAGGACAUCACACUCAUCAUUGCUGUGGACUGGUUUCUGGACCGCCUCAGGACCACCACCAACGUGCUGGGGGACUCGCUGGGCGCCGGCAUCGUGGAGCACCUGUCCCGGCGCGAGCUGGACGCGCAGGACUGCGAACUCGACUGUUUGUCCAACUUCUCCAGAAAGCACUGACCUCCAAUCCUGAAGAGACUUCCUGUACCUGAAGGGCAAAGCAAAGGGUCAUAGAAUCAACCAGGCUGGGAGAGACUCCAAGAUGAUCCAAGGACUGUUGGCCUGGACUGUGGCUCAGAUGGGAAUGAACCUGGAAGUCCUGUGGCUGGGGCUGCACAGAGUGGGACGAGGUCCCCUGGCUUUAUACCAUAUGCACAUGCUUCCUGCUGCAGAGAUGCUGCCGGGCUCCUGCCAGCCUCACCAGCUGUAAAACCACCUGGAAGGAUCCUGAUGACACUUUAAUAAAGCUCAGCAGGAGUCUAA